AUGGAGGGGGAGAGCGCUGCAAAGGAACAUGAGGUGGCCGGAAUACUAAUCAAGCUCCGGCGGUUCAUUUGGGAGGCGGAUCGAGGGACUCCCUGCACCCACAGCCUCCGGUGGGGCGCCCGGAGAAGGAGAUCUGCCGGCGGCGACGACCCCCACGCUUCCCGGCAGGCUUCAUCUCCUCCCGCGGCUCCUCCUCCUCCUUCUCGUCCUCCCGAGCCACUCAGUAAGCGACGACGGAGAGAUGCCUCGAAGGCCAGAGCCGCCGGAGAUUCCGAAUCUCCGGCAAAACCGCCGCCCGUCUGUGUGCCUCCUCCGGCGGCCUCCAAUCGGAAACAGCCGCCCGCCGCCGCGCCGGAGACCUCGAGCCCGGAGACGCCGCUGGACUUCUGCCCCAGCGGGGAGGAGCAGCCCGAAGCCAAGGCAAAGACCCGCCCCUCCGCCGCCGCCGGCGGAGCCCCGCGCCUGAAGAAGCCGAGGAUUAAGCACGGGGAGGUAGCUAUCAGAUGCGGCGCCCCCAACCUUGUCUCCUCCCUCCACCCGGUCUUCUGAUGGAGUUCCCUUUCUUCCUUUUUUUUUUUUCCCCCAGUUGCUCUCCAACCAGGUGGAGGUGUCGAACCGCACCAGAAGAGAGCUCGAGAAGGUGGGCUCUUCUCUUUCUUUUAUUUAUUUUUCCAUAUUCUUGGGAUUUUCCUCCUGCUUUCUUGGAUUUGUAUGCUCCGUUGAUUUCUCGUCGGGAAAUCUGUUUUCCUUUUUCUGAUCUUCUUCCUCCGCAAAAUCAGGAGGCCGCAGAGGUGAGGAACCGGCUGGAGGCUCUGAAAGAGAGGAAUUCCAUGUUAAAGGAGCUGAGAUUAAAGGUACAUUGCCUGCUUUCAUGAGUGAUUUUAUGUGGAGAGCGGUGUUACUGUUGCGAUCUGCUCUAUUCUACGCCAUUAAUGCGCUCCUUCAAUGUCCUUCCUCCCUCAGAGCUAAUUAUUUCCUUGUUUAUUGUUCCACCCUUUGAUCGAUUCGAUUUUGUUUCCCCAUUUGUUGAUUGAUGCGCGCAGCUGGAGAAGGAAACCAGCCAACAGCGACAGAGAUCGCCGGAGCAGGAGCAUCGGGAGAGCUGCUCGGAUCUGCUUCCGCCUGCCCCCGUUCUCUCCGCCGCAGCAGCGGCGGCGCCGCCCGUCGAGGAAGACAUCCAGGUCCAAGCUCCGGUCCCGCCGCCGCAGCCGCCGCAGGUCUAUCAGCAGCCAUGGCCCCAGCACUGGGUGAACAACCACGUCGUCCUCCACCGAUCGGCGGCAGGCGGCCACCAUUGGAGCUGGAUGGCCUCCCCGAUGUGGAAAUUGGACGGCGACAAAGAUGCUUCCCCUGCGAGCAAUCUGCCGGACCUGAACUCCGUCGCCGAUAAGGAUUCCGGCGAGGAGUUCCCUCCUCAACACCCUCAGGGCAACUACCACCAUCACCAUCAUCAGCAGCACCAAGAGCAUCACCAGCAGGGGCAGAGGAGGGGCUCGCUGGAGGAGCAGAGGGCAGCGAGGAAGAAGCGGAUCGAAAUGAUCCACACAAGGAGGAGGAUUGCCGCCAUGAGAUGA